AUGUUAGCUGUGGGGGCGAUGGAGGGCCCCCGGCAGAGCGCGUUCCUGCUCAGCAGUCCGCCCCUGGCCGCCCUGCACAGCAUGGCCGAGAUGAAGACCCCGCUGUACCCCGCCGCCUACCCCCCGCUGCCCACCGGGCCCCCUUCUUCCUCCUCGUCCUCCUCGUCCUCGUCGCCCUCCCCGCCUUUGGGCUCCCACAAUCCAGGCGGCUUGAAGCCCCCGGCCGCGGGGGGCCUCUCGUCCCUGAGCAGCCCCCCGCAGCAGCUCUCGGCCGCCACCCCGCACGGCAUCAACGACAUUCUGAGCCGGCCCUCCAUGCCGGUGGCCUCGGGGGCCGCCCUCCCUUCCGCCUCGCCCUCGGGGUCCUCUUCCUCCACCUCCUCGUCCGCCUCUGCCACCUCGGCCUCUGCGGCCGCAGCCGCUGCUGCUGCUGCCGCUGCCGCCGCCGCCUCUUCGCCCGCCGGGCUGCUGGCCGGCCUGCCCCGCUUCAGCAGCCUGAGCCCGCCGCCGCCACCGCCCGGGCUCUACUUCAGCCCCAGCGCUGCGGCCGUGGCCGCCGUGGGUCGGUACCCCAAGCCCCUGGCCGAGCUGCCCGGCAGGACGCCCAUCUUCUGGCCCGGGGUGAUGCAGAGCCCGCCUUGGAGGGACGCACGCCUGGCCUGUACCCCCCAUCAGGGAUCCAUUUUGUUGGACAAAGAUGGGAAGAGAAAACACACCAGACCCACGUUCUCUGGCCAACAGAUCUUCGCUCUGGAGAAGACCUUCGAACAAACGAAGUACCUGGCGGGGCCAGAGAGAGCUCGCUUGGCUUAUUCUUUGGGGAUGACGGAGAGUCAGGUCAAGGUCUGGUUCCAGAACCGCCGGACCAAGUGGAGGAAGAAGCACGCAGCCGAGAUGGCCACGGCCAAGAAGAAACAGGACUCGGAGACCGAGCGGCUCAAGGGGACUUCGGAGAACGAGGAGGACGACGACGAUUACAACAAGCCUCUGGACCCGAACUCUGACGACGAGAAAAUCACGCAGCUGCUGAAAAAGCACAAGUCGGGCAGCGGCGGCCUCCUGCUGCACGCGUCGGAAGCCGAGGGCUCGUCCUGA